UGGGAUAUAUACUCCUACGCACGGAAGGAAAAGAAAGCCCAAAUGCUUAAAUCUACUUUCCUUUACUUCCCCGGCUAGCUCACUCCUUCCCUCCCCAGCUUAUGCUUUGGUUGCUUGUUCCAUAAAACAAUAACCAAUCCAAACUACCAGCCAACAUGCACAGUUUCGUCUAAACUCCCAGUCCAAGCUCCAAAGCUAGUCUUCUAUCUCUAGCGCCCAUGGGACUCUGCAUAUCCAUGUUGCAACGCAAGUCCAAGAGGCGGCAGCCUGAACCAAAGCUUGGCCUGCCCACGGCGCUCUUCGUCAUAAGAAACGACGGCCAACCGUCGAAGCCAGAGGCCCUAGUCUUUCAGGCACACAAUUCCGGCCGGCCUAGGUUACAGAAAUCUGGCAAGGCAGACUGCAUCAAACAUGAGAAAGGCGGAUACGACUGCACGGAUGUGCUGGGCAGGAGGCUCUGCGCACCUAAGCCCAGGUUCCCGUGUGGAAGCACCAGAACUGUCACGGUUGAGCCCGGGGUGACAGAAGGGAGGCCGCCGAUGUUCAAGGGCGCAACGACCAACCGGAACACAGCUGAGGAGUGCAGGACGCUGAUGACACCGAGGACACCGGUGUGGCAGCGGAGGAUACUGAUGGGGACGCGAUGUGAGCUUCCACGGUUCAGCGGGCUCAUACUGUAUGACGAGCACGGCCAGCCCCUGCAGAGCAGCAAACAGAACAGAGCAGGCCACCUGAUAAGCAGAGUAAGAAAAUAUGAAUCCAAGGGCAAAAAGAAGACUGCCAGGACAACCACAACCCUCAGGGACCUCCUGUAGGCUCUAGUCAGCCACUUGUUAUAGCUGUACUCGUAGCGACUUGCACCUUUGCAAGUGCUUCCCAGUU